AUGCCGCUUCCCGAUACGAUGUUCUGCGCACAGCAGAUCCAUAUACCCCCGGAGCUGCCGGACAUCCUGAAGCAGUUCACCAAGGCAGCCAUCCGCACUCAGCCAGCAGAUGUGCUGCAGUGGUCAGCGGGCUAUUUUUCAGCUCUGUCCCGAGGGGACCCUCUUCCUGUGAAAGACAGACUUGAGAUGCCCGUGGCCACCCAGAAGACAGACACAGGCCUGACGCAAGGACUCCUGAAGGUGCUUCACAAGCAGUGCAGCCACAAGGAGUUCGUGGAGUUGGACGACCUGGAACAGAAAUGGAAAAACCUGUGCCUGCCGGUAGAGAAGUUCAGAGCCAUCGUCAAGCUGGAUCCGUGUGGGAAGCAAAUGGAGUGGAUGAAAUUCCUGGCGCUGGGAUGCAGCUCUCUGGGCGGGUCCCUGAACUCAGCCAUGAAGAACAUCUGUCAGAUCCUGACGGCUGACCCCGAGGGCGGACCUGCACGCAUCCCUUUCAAGACCUUCGCCUACAUGUACCGGUACCUGGCCGGCCUGGACACAGACAUGUACAGCGCAGACACGGAGUCCUACCUAACCAUCCUGAAGGACAUAAUAGAGUUUAGAAAGAACGGCAUGAUCGGACUUUCGGAUUUCUUCAAUACCAAGAGGAAAAUAUAAAUAAAGUCAAAAGAGCCCUCAGAAGACAAAGGCCAUAAAUACAGAGAAAACGGCAUUUAA